CUGCCUUCAUAAAUUAACGAUAACCAGGAGAACAAACAAUAGAGACUACAGCUUCAUCGUCCUUACUUCCCCCUUCUCAUGGUCUUUGAGAGAGAGAGAGAGAGAGAGAGAGAGAGAUGGAAACUAACAACGUGGUAAGGCUGGUUGCUCCAUUCGUGCUGAAGACGUAUCAGAUAGUAGACGAUCCUUCCACGGAUUCAUUCAACGCGUGGGGUAAAGCCAACAAUAGCUUCGUAGUGAUAAACCCCAUUAAUUUCUCUCGCAAGAUCCUUCCUGUUUACUUCAAACAUGACAACUUCUCAAGCUUCGUUCGUCAGCUCAACACCUACAGGUUCAGGAAGGUGGAUCCAGAUAGAUGGGAAUUCGCGAACGAGUCGUUCUUGCGAGGGGAGAAGCAACUGCUGAAGAAUAUCAUACGAAGGAAGAGCAACCGGAGUAGUUCUUACACGGCGCAGAUCAAGCAAGAAGAUGGAAUGUUGGAGGAAGAAGAGAAGGAGGGGAAGGCUAUAAUGUUAGAGCUCUCGAGGUUGAAGCAGGAACAGAAGGCCUUAGAGGAUGAGUUACAAGGGAUGAACGAGAGGUUGCAGAUCACGGAGCGGCGGCCCAAACAGAUGAUGACUUUCUUAUUCGAGGUGAUGGAAGACCCUGACCUCAUUCCUGGAGUGAUGCUUGGGGAUAAAAAAAGAAGGCUCAUGAUCGAAUCAUCCUCUACGAUGACGACAACAACCACCAUGAGCAGCGCGGCGGAGGAGGAAGAGGUGUCGUUACCGGAGAUGGGGUUUGGAGUAGAGAGCUUUAGCGGUUCGCCGCCGUCGAACAUGUCGCCAUGGUUGACAAGAAGAAUUACCAGAGUGGGACCUGAGACAUCCCAGUUUCUUCCCUCUCCAUCAGAGCCUUUAGCCACCGUUGCUCACCCCAUUCCGGCUAACUUGGUGACGUUCUUCCAGGAGUUAGGCGGUGGCGUUGGACUCAGCGGUGAUGGUAUGGAGGUGAAUGAUACACAUACGCCGCCUUAUCCCUUCUGUCUCCUGGGUGGUGGGGGCAGUGGGUUUUAGACAUUCUCGAAGGCUAAGAUUUAGGUAUCAAAUUAAGAUUAAGAAAUCUCUCUUUGCAAAUAGUCACCUACCGACACUUUUGCAAGCCAAUCACAUUACUGGAGUAAGCAGUAAGCACCUUUCGAGUGUUUCAGCAAAUAAGACUUGCUACUUUCAGGGGUAGCAUUUGUUAAUAAGAAAAA